GUAUUAUUCCAAUAACACACAUUUGUCUCAAUGUUUUAUUAUUCCCACAUCACACAACAGCCUCUUUUACUUAUUAUUCCCCCAUCACACCGCAGUCUCUUUUAUUUAUUAUUCCCCCAUCACACCGCAUGGGAAACACCACAGAUGUCAACCUCAACAUCACCUUAGACAUCAACGACAUCAUCAGCAACAACAGCGACGUCACAGAAGGCGGGGAGUGGCGACCACCAUCCUGCAUAUCUCGGCACCGCGUUGCUGUCAUCAUUCCCUACAGGGACCGCUUCAGUCACCUCAAAGUCCUGCUGCACUACCUGAUCCCCUUGCUCAAGCGGCAGCAGAUCCACUUUAGGAUAUUUAUCGUAGAGCAG